CAAACACAAACACAAACAGAAAGGGGAGGGAGAGGCCACGUCGUCAGCCAGCCAGCCAUUUCAAUCACCAGUUGCUUUAAUUUCUUUUCCUCCUAACAACUACGCUUGCAAAGGCACCUAACCUAACCAGGUGAUAACUUGUCCUUGCAAAUCACUAUCAUCUACAUACUCCAGUACAAAUAGCCUCCUAACCCGGAGCCUCUCGUUACCGAGAGAGAGAGAGAGAGAGAGAGAGAGGGCAGUGCAGGUGUCGCUGGCCAUGGCGAGGAGGAGCAGCAGCAGAGCGUGCGCGGCCAUGGCGACGGCCGCCGUCUUUGCGCUGCUGGCCGCGACGGCGACGGCGUCGGGGCUCGUACGGGUGGAGCACCCGGCCAAGAGCGACGGGUCGCUGAGCCUGCUCGUCGUCGGCGACUGGGGCCGGAAGGGCACGUACAACCAAUCCAGGGUCGCCGAGCAGAUGGGGAAGGUUGGGGAGAAGCUAAAUAUAGACUUCGUCAUAUCCACCGGUGACAAUUUCUACGAGGAUGGACUCACUGGCGUCGAUGACCAGGCGUUUGAGGAAUCGUUUACCGAUAUCUACACGGCAAAGAGCUUGCAGAAGCCAUGGUACCUGGUGCUGGGAAAUCAUGACUACAGGGGUGAUGUGCUAGCACAGCUUAGCCCAGUCUUGCGAAAGAUCGACCAGCGAUUCAUUUGCAUGAGGUCGUUCAUUGUUAAUGCAGAGAUUGUGGAUUUCUUCUUUAUCGACACAACUCCAUUUCAGCUGAAAUAUUGGACUCGCCCUAAAGACCAUCAUUAUGACUGGAGAGGAGUGGCACCUCGACAAAAAUACAUAACUAAUCUACUUAAGGAUAUGGAUGAGGCAAUGAAGAAAUCAACAGCGAAGUGGAAGAUUGCUGUUGGGCAUCAUACCAUUAGGAGCGUCAGUGACCAUGGUGACACCAAGGAGCUUCUGCAACUUCUACUUCCAGUUCUGAAGGUCAAUGGCAUCGACUUCUACAUCAAUGGGCACGACCACUGCCUGGAACACAUUAGCAGCAGAGACAGUCCUAUCCAAUACUUCACAAGUGGAGGUGGUUCAAAAGCAUGGAGAGGAGUCUUGCAGCCAAAUUCUGAUAAGCUCCAGUUCUUUUACGAUGGACAAGGGUUCAUGUCCCUCCAGAUAAACCAGGACCAAGCUGACUUCAUAUUUUAUGAUGUUUCUGGGAACAUCUUGUACAAGUGGAGCAAGAGCAAAGCAAACUACCUCCAGCCCUCCACCUAUAUCACUGAAGCAUGAGGCAGAUGCAAAACCACAAAACGGAGAAUUAGCUUGGCUAAGAUAUUUGUAUCAAAUUUGAAUGCAUUAUUGUGGCACGCAAGGGAAGAGGACCGGAAAGGAAAUAGGAAAGUAUUUAAGCAUGGCAUGUGAUUGAUCUACUAAAGAAAUUUGAGACAAGGCCGAGACCAUCCUACUAGACUAGGAAAAGAGAUGUUCAGUAUGGUAUCCAUUAGAUCUGAUUCAUACAACUUCUUGCCAGAGGACCAUCGAUUAUGCCAUGUAUAAUUUACAAAGAAGGCUUAAAACUCUAAAAGCUAGUAGUGACCUUUGCAUAUCGGCAUCAGGGUUCUUCAGUAUUGCCAAGCAUUCACAUAUAACCUUUGGAGAGAGAGAGAGAGAGAGAGAGACUUUGGGGGUUUCUAAGCUGGUAUUUUCAUUUAAAAGAGACAAUGAAAAGAAAAUUUGAUCUAUGAUAAUCAAGCAUGUGUCGGUGAAGACGGCUAUUAGUUA